UCCAAAUCCUCGACGAAAAAAUUAGGGCGCGAUGUGGCGGGAAAGAAUCGCCCCCAAAUUGCAUCCCCUUUAAAUACACUACGCGAAUCUCCUCCUUUCGAAAUCUUCCGUCAUUUCAUUUCUGCACGCAGAGACACAGAAAUAUCUACACAUCCUUGUUUAGGUUACUCGAAAUGGUCAAGAGGAGAAGCGCUAGGGUUUCUGAGGAGCAUGUAGAGCUAGAAGAUGAAGAGAUGAACGAAGAACAGGAAUUUCACAGUGCGUCGUCUUCGUCCAACCAGAAGAGCCUGUAUGAGAUUCUUGGUGUGGAGAAACAUGCGUCGCAGCAAGAGAUAAAGAAAGCUUAUUACAAGUUGGCUCUGCGGCUGCAUCCUGAUAAGAACCCUGGUAACGAGGAGGCCAAGGAAAAAUUUCAGCAGCUGCAGAAGGUCAUAUCUAUCCUUGCUGAUGAGGAGAAACGAGCUGUGUAUGACCAAACUGGUUGUGUUGAUGAUGCUGAUCUAGCAGGUGAUGUCAUCCAGAACUUGCAGACAUUUUUCCGAGCCAUGUACAAAAAGGUCACGGAGUCUGAUAUUGAAGAGUUCGAAGCAAACUACAGGGGUUCUGACACUGAGCAAAAGGACUUGCUUGAUCUUUUCAAAAAAGUGAAGGGCAACAUGGAUAAGCUUUUCUGCUGCAUGAUUUGCUCAGAUCCAUUGCUUGAUUCCCAUCGCUUCAAGGACAUCAUUGAUGAGGCUAUAUCUGCAGGAGACUUGAAGUCAACCAAAGCAUACGAGAAAUGGACGAAGAAAGUAUCUAAAACAAAACCUCCCACAAAUCCAUUAAGACAAAGAAAGAAAUCAAAGAAAGGCUCAGAUGAUCUGUAUGCAAUAAUUGCUCAACGACAAAAUGAGAGGCGGGGCAAGGUCGAUUCCAUGUUCUCAUCUCUUGUUCAAAGAUAUGGUGGAGGUGAGCCAGUUCCAGAGCCAAGUGAAGAAGAAUUUGAAGCUGCUCGGCAAAAACUUGAAAGCCGAAGAAUUUCCAAAAGAAAAUAACUAAACCAGGUUUAGGAAUGUCGGUGGAAAAAGGAGAGAAUGAAAUAAAAUGGCGGCGGCAGGAAUUGUCAAAAUGUUCUACCGACAGCUUUGAAUAUGUGUUUACGUGGAAUCUAGUUGUUCACCACCAAGCUGUGAUGUGGCCCACUUACCAUUAAUUUUAGAUAAUAUGUUUUCACAAGAAUGGACAUUUUACCUUAAUUGAUAUGGUAGGAGGACUGGACUUCAUUCCUUAUCCACUCCUUAUGUAAUAAUCAAUGUUUUAAAAACUGCAUUGAUGAAUUAACUGAUAAAACUAUUGAUUCAUGGUUUAUAUAUAAA